GUCUCCUUGCUUCUGAAAACAAAUAGGCUUAACCCAUACCUGACACAUGAAAUCCCAUACCUGACACAUGAAAUGGUAACCGAACGAGAGGUCGUGGUUCGCCAUAUGGUUAAUAAGCCGUCUCAUUGGUUUUCCUCUCCCUGGGAUAAAUAUGUAAAUCCUAUCCUAUAUGCAUGAUUAACAUUCUGAACACCACGAAUUCUGGCAAAUUGUUGGCUGUAGUAACCUUAGUUAAAAAUCCUAUCCUAAUUCUGUAAUUGAUCCUCAUCAAUCAUUUGAUGUAUUUGCCAAUCUUUAAUUAAUUUAACUAAGGUGACUUGGCAAAAACGUAAGAUUAUUUAAAACCCAGCUACAGAGCUAUUUUUUAUGUCUGUAUGACUAUUCUUUUAUUUAUGAAUGAUUUAUAAAAUAGAAGUUUUAAGAUUUUUUUAUGGACUGAUAUCGUUUUAUUUCUAACAGACUAAUUAUAUAAAUAUAUUAGACUAGUGGAUAAUAUUAUAAAAUAUUCGUAGCUAGGAAGACAUUGGAAACUAUUAGCGAGCCCUGUAAGAGGUUUGCUCUUAUUUACUGAGUCUUAUUCUGAUGUUUGCUAUCAAAAUUGAAUCAGUAUCAUGGCGGAUAAUCUCAAAAAAGGCAAAAGCAAUGGUACCAUAAAAGUAAUCUCACGCACCGUACAUGUUGUUCUCACCCUAGCUAUUAUGAUUGCUCUCAUGGGAACACAAACUGUACUACGAUCACAUAUUGAUUCCGGUGCAUAUUCACUUCCUAUUGCAUUUGGUUCAGUUACUCUUGCAUCAUUAGUUCUGUAUUUCACUGUAUCAUGUAUGGACCCUGGGUAUGUGAAACGUUCCGACUCAGACGUGAGAGAGAUCUCUCUUGUGAUGGAUGAUAGUGAUGAUGAAGUUGAAUUAUAUGAAAUGAGAUCGCACAGACAUGAACACGAAAACUCUAAUUUUUCAUCCGAAGAGGAAAAGCAAAGCAUGUUACCAAAUAAUGAACCUGAAUCAAGAAAUCGAAAAACUGAUAAAAAUCGUUUCAACUUGGAACCUCAUCAAAGAUGUGGAUUUUGUGGUUUAGAAAGACCAUUGAGGGCACGUCAUUGUCGAGAAUGUAAACACUGUGUGAGAAAAUUUGAUCACCACUGUCCGUGGGUGGCAAAUUGUGUUGGAGAAAGAAAUCACAGAUGGUUUUGGGUGUUUUUAACAUAUGAAUUUCUCUUAAUUUCAUGGAGCAUUUACAUAUCAACUACUGGAUAUAAAAGUUCUUCAAGUUCCAAAGAAUGGAUUCACAACAAUGUACUCUUAUUAUUGGUUGAUGUAAUAUUAGCCAUAUUCUUGUUUGUCGUUGGAUCUCUUUGUGCGAUACACACUUACAUGGUUUUCUCGAACCACACAACGUGGGAGAGUAUGAGCAGACACAGAAUUACAUAUCUUCAAAAGAUUCAAGUUGACAAUCCCUUCCAUCUUGGGAUCUGUCGCAAUAUAUAUGUGUUUUUUUGCUACUGCAAACCUUACAACUGGCUCAAUAUUUACGAGAAAAAUGUCAAAGAACAACAACAGCACGCUACAAAUGAUGAUGAAGAUGUGAGAUUAGAAGAAGUCACAUAUGGAAAGGAUGAAUACAAAGGAAACAGGAAUCAAAUGUAGCUUUAUAACCCAAGAUUUAUUUCUAUUUUUGCGAAAAGAUUAAUCUUGUAUGGACCGUAUUCUUCUGCCUUCGUUUUGUUAUAAAAACAAAUUAAUAUUUUAUUCAAUGAAUGUAAUAACAUUCAAGUAUCAAUUACAUUAACAGACAUUUAUUCUGCUUUGAAAGCGGAGCCAAGUCGCUCUAAAUGUUGAUCUUUUAUAAGUGCUACUCAAUUUUCUUUACAUGUGGACCAAACCAUGUUAAGCAUACACUAUACAUACCCAAAUUCUGUAUUCGAUUUGACGAUUUUUCACCCACGGGGUGUAAUUCUGAUCGAGACCUUGGGACUAUGGGCAAAUUUUAAGUCAUUAUUUAGCUUUAAAUCGGAAUAUGUAGCAUUAAUAAUAGGCAUCAGUCUAUUUGAUAUGGCAAAUUGUUUUCGUCCAGUUAUGUUCAUAUAUCUUGUUUUUUCCAUUUGUUUGCCACUGUGAAAGAACGUCAUUACUGGUGAGGUAACUCACCCAAGCCUGAUAUCCAUUUUCUUCAAACGAUUACAUUCACUUUUAUAUUGAAUGAUUAGUCUUUAGUGAAAUUUCAAAUUGUCUAAAUGUUUUUUCUCACCUUGAUAUAUUCCAAUGAAGCAAAGCACUUAAUAUCAUAAUAUUUAUUAAUGUAUCUGUGGUGGGAAGUGUUAAAAAGGUGCCUAAAUCUCCUGAGAAGAAGGAAAAGAAGUUUCUGUGGGUUAUUGAAUAGCCAUUUAGCUUGUCGCUGAGAAUUCAGGCAGACGCAGACUUACUUGUGUGAGGCAAACUAGGUUUCACAUUAUUUUUUUCCGGGGGAAAGGAGGGCGGCUUAAUCAUAUGGCAAACCUCGGCCUCUCUUCCGGUUAAGAUUAUAGAUAGCCGAUAGCCAGAAGUUGAUGGUGGACAAAGCUGUAAACCGAACGUUACGUUAUGUGGACCACAAUCGUCUCUCUCUCACAUGUGAUUAAUCCCGCAGGGUAAUCAGAGGUGUGCUAGUGAACGUAUUCCCAAUGCUUAGCAUGAUCUGCCAAGCAUAUGCCAGAUAAAAUUUGAAAAAUGGCUAAGUAUGUAAUCUUCUAUGAAUGGAAAUAAGGCACACUACCUAUAAUCAAAAAUAAAACAUGUGCAACUUUGAAACCGAGACCAAAAGAUGGCACCUGUUCAGUUUCUGAAAAUGUGUGACGCAUGUUACUUGAUUUAUAUAUAUUUUAGGUGUAUAAGUACAUAUGAUAUAACACAUUGGUUUGAAGCAAUUCGCACAAAUAGAAUAAAGACAGUGGGCUGAGUUAAAACAAAUUCUUCAUAUGAAUAUUGUCAAAGGAAGCGAAUACUAGUAGAAAUCACAAUCAGCGAUAUGCUGCAUUAGAUUAACCGAGAACAGACUUGACAACGGCUAUAGGCCUUGAUCCUCUGAGAGGCGGUUUAAAUUCUUGUCUUCCUAAUAAUCUGUCCAGCAGCUUUUGCUGGUCUUUCGGCCAAUGAUACAAUGUUGUAGUUCGCAAAAUACUUGGAAGAUCAUCAUCUGUAGCACCGUCCAAUAAUAUAGGAAUAUAGCGUUUAUUCCAACAACCAUUAUGAAUAAUUUCAGACUGCAGUCUGUCAAAUAUUGACCCAUUAUAACUUCUAUUUGGGUCAUCAGUAUCAUCUGUGCUUUGAUAGCUACAUGUGUAUUCUGUAUAACCUUUACCAAUG